AUGCAAGCAGUGAUAAGAAGAAGAAGUCUAAGUCUGCUGGCUACCAGCGUUACUCGCACAACAACACGCACUCGAACGGUUCCAACUGCAUUGUUGUUCAAUGUCACACAACAGCGUUGGUUGGCGUCCAAGAACGGUGGACCAGGCUCCACUGGAGGACCUGGUUCCACUGAUGGCCAAUCUGUUCCGCUCGAGGUCUUGUCGCUCAGCAUGGACACGUACCACGCUCGUUCUGAUGCAUUUCUAGAAACAGUCCAGGACCAACUCGAGGCUCUUAGCGAUGAUCAUCCUCACUUGGUGCCAGACGUCGAGCUCACACAGGGCGUUAUGACCGUUAUGGUGCCCAGUUUGGGCACCUAUGUGUUGAACAAACAGCCUCCCAACAAGCAGAUUUGGCUGUCGUCGCCCGUUUCCGGGCCCAACCGCUUCGAUCUGUACGGGGGUCGGUGGGUUUCGCUACGCGACGGCCAAGACCUUCUACAAGUGCUAAACAAAGAGCUUGGCCAAGUGAUACCAGAGCCAGUGGAGCUGGAAGCGUAA